AUGUAUUGCAAUGAUAAGUGCAUGUUACUUUUAUUAAUUGCUUCUGCAGCACUGUCUGCUUGUUUUUGCUUGCAUUUGCACAAAGAUCCUGUUACGUAUAUUCCCUCCGACAACAGCGUUGUUGAGAAUGGUGCAAAAAAUUACAAAUGGUCAGAGGAAUGGCUCUACGAUGUUCCAGUGGAUCAUUUCUCGUUUUCUAAUGAUCAAACGUUCCGCUUACGUUAUUUGAUCAAUACCGAUCAUUUUUUGACCAAUGGACCUAUUUUUCUUUAUACUGGAAAUGAAGGAAAUAUUGAGUUAUUUGCACAGAACACAGGUUUGAUGUGGGAUUUAGCACCAUUAUUCGGUGCAGCAGUAGUGUUUGCUGAACAUCGUUUCUACGGCAAGUCCCAACCAUUUGGUGCUCAAAGUUAUGCAAGAGUGAACAAUGUUGGCUAUUUAUCGUCAGAGCAAGCACUAGCUGACUUUGCUGAACUUAUUCGAUUUCUCAAAACUGAACGUCUUUUGAAUGCUCGGAGGUCACCGGUCAUUGCGUUUGGUGGAUCGUAUGGUGGAAUGCUUUCAGCAUGGAUGCGUAUAAAAUAUCCACAUUUGGUCCAAGGCUCGAUAGCAUCUAGUGCUCCGGUUUUCUGGUUUCUUGACAUGUCAGUUCCAGAAGAUGCGUACAGUCACGUUGUCAAGCGAUCAUUCUUGAAUUCCGGCUGUGCAGAGCAGAACAUCAUAAAUGCUUGGAGUGCUCUCGAGAAACUGGCAUCUUCAGCAUCUGGUCUUGAUUAUUUGAAUCGUUUAUUUCAUUUGGAAUCAAAAUCACACUUAAAUAAAAGUAGUGAUUGGUUGAUGCUUCGAGAAUAUCUUGAAGAGAUAUUUGAGUCGAUGGCUAUGGUAAAUUAUCCGUACCCAAGCAACUAUCUCACAGAACUUCCUGGAUGGCCUGUGAAGGUUGCAUGUGGAUUUUUCAAUAGUACCCAGAAAGUUAGCGCAGAAGAAUCUGCUCAGAGUAUGUAUGCUCUUAUGAAUCUCUAUUAUAACUAUACUGGCAAAAGAGAGACUUUUUGUAUCAAUCCGAUUGUGUGUGAUGAUUCGGCAUAUGCAGCUCUCGGUGAUCCAUUUGGCUGGCCUUGGCAGUCUUGUACUGAAAUGGUUAUGCAACAGUGUUCUUCAGGACCACCAAAUGAUUUCUUUGUCAAGAACUGUCCCUUCACACUUGAAGGUCAACUUACUUAUUGUAAGAAAAUUUUUGGCAAGAUUGGAUAUACGAAAAGUAUAAUGCGACCACACUGGACAAUUUUAAACUAUGGGCACCAAUAUCCAACUGCCACAAAUAUUAUUUUCAGUAAUGGAUAUUUGGAUCCUUGGUCAGCUGGGGGCUGGUCACAAAAAUCAGAGGAAAUACGGUCAUUAGUGAGCAUUAUCAUUGAGGAUGGUGCGCAUCAUUACGAUUUACGUGGCAAGCAUCCGUUGGACACGGAUUCCGUCAAAAAUGCGAGGCGCUUGGAAAAAUUAUACAUAAAAAAAUGGCUGAAAGAAGAGAAAUUGCAUUCAGUGAAAAAAAAUAGUUAUUGA